GGAACAACAAGCUGUCAGUGACAGUAGGUAACAGUGCUGUGCUCACCUGCCCUCCCAGAUCAAAUAUAACUGUGGUAACAUGGAAAAUAAUCCCCAAUGUUGAAGGACCCUGCACCUUGGGAUACAGGGCUGAUCAGAACAAGACAGACAGAACAAACUGCAGCGACAGCAUGAACUGGAAAUUCAGACCAGACUGGAAUCCUGCCCUUGAGAUACAGAACGUGGGAGUAGCCCAUGAGGGAAAUUACACCUGCGAAGUAGCAGCCACAGAAGGGAAUUUCCACAAGACGUACCACCUGUCCGUGCUGGUGCCCCCCAGGCUGACCUUGUACUGUGAUGAGCAUGGGAACCUCAUGUGCGAGGCAGCAGCAGGGAAGCCGGCUGCUCAGGUCUCGUGGGCCCUAGAGAGCCACUCCACCCCCAAGGAACAAGGCCAUGACAACGGGACAGUGACUGUUCUCAGCAAGUUCACAGCCCACAGCACCAACAUAACUAAUGCAACCUGCGUUGUGUCCCACCCAGCUGGGAACCAGAGCGAGUCCAUAGCCUGUCCUCCCCCAA